AUGGAACCAAGGAACAAUGUCACUUACUUUGUUCUCUUGGGCCUUACACAGAAUCCAAAGAAGCAGAAAAUACUUUUUAUUAUGUUCUUGCUGUUCUACAUUGUGACCAUGGUGGGAAAUUUGCUCAUUGUUAUCACUGUAACUCACAGUAAAAUCCUGGGCUCACCAAUGUACUUCUUUCUUGCUAGUUUAUCAUUUGUGGAUAUCAUUUAUUCAUCAUCAAUCUCUCCCAAAUUGAUUUCAGACUUGUUCUUUGGGGCAAAAACUAUAUCCUUCAAGUUUUGUAUGAUUCAGCUCUUUACAGAGCACUUUUUUGGUGGAUCAGAGGUCUUUCUGCUGUUGGUGAUGGCCUAUGACCGCUAUGUGGCCAUCUGUAAGCCUUUACAUUAUUUGAUUAUCAUGAGGCAAUGGGUUUGUGUUGUGCUGCUGACAGUGUCUUGGGUUGGAGGUUUUUUGCACUCAGUAAUUCAGCUCAGCACUAUUUAUGGGCUCCCAUUUUGUGGCCCCAAUGUCAUUGAUCAUUUUAUGUGUGACAUGUACCCCUUAUUGAAACUCAUCUGUGUUGACACCUAUGUUGUUGGUGUCUUAGUGGUGGCUAAUGGAGGACUGAUCUGCAUGAUUGUGUUUCUGCUCUUACUCAUCUCUUACGGUGUCAUCUUGCACUCUCUAAAAAAACUUAGUCAGGAAGGGAGGCGGAAAGCUCUCUCAACCUGUGGCUCCCAUAUCACUGUGGUUGUCUGCUUCUUUGUUCCCUGUAUUUUCAUGUAUGCCAGACCUGCUAAGACGUUUCCCAUUGACAAAUCAUUGAGUGUGUUUUAUACAGUCAUAACUCCCAUGCUAAACCCAUUAAUCUACACGCUUAGAAACUCAGAAGUGACAAAUGCUAUGAGGAAGGUCUGGAGAAGAAAAGCUGCAGCAGGUCAUAUGUAA